GUUAUCAAGUGUCAGUGACUUUGUUUUGGUGUAAACUCAUAAGGAAAAUCAUUUGAAUUAUCGUGCUUUGUGAUUGACUAGAAUUAAAUUAAUAACUAUAUAUUAUAAAGGUUCUAGAAUCUUAAAUAUGAAACAGGAGCUGAUUUAUGUUUUUAUAACACUUUUACUAAAUGUAAAUGCUGAUAACGAUUCAGGAUGGACCUUCAUCGGUAAUCCGAUUCUUCUCGUUCGUCCCUGCAAUGGUUCUGAUAUAUCAGUUUCAUUUGAACCAGGGGUGGCUCCAGAAGAGGAAAAUUCUUACACUGUAUUUAUAGAAAAGAAAUUUCCACAAAGUUCGAGAAUAUUAUUGAAAUUUGAUGCAGAUGCGAGCGUUACAUUGAAAGAUCGAAAUUUUGCAAGAAUAAGCACAAGUAAAUUUGAAAGCAAUACAUUCGAUAUAGUUUUUUUUAAGGAACAUAACGGUAUUAGUUUCAUUGUCAAAGGUCUAACUCCUGGAACAGUUCCGUACUUUACAAGUGUCAAAAUUAAUUCAAAGGAAUACUGCAAAAUACCACUCGGGGGAUUUUUAGAUCAGUAUAUAUCAGGAUACCAAGAUCACGCUGAAAGUGCAAGUAGAGAACCAGCGACGAGCUGUGGACGACGUAAAGUAGGCCACACUGAACUGAUAGUGAGUGCUGCACCAACGAAACCUGGAGAUUGGCCAUGGCAUGUGGCUUUGUACAAACUAGAGCGCUCGUCUAUUAAAUACAUUUGCGGUGGAACCCUCAUCUCUGAGAACUUUGUAUUAACAGCUGCACAUUGUACUUCUUCGAGAGGCGUAAAGCUAUUACCAGAAGUAUUGAGCGUCGUCCUUGGAAAAUACAAUUUAAUAGGUGGCGAUAUUGGAACUCAAGAAAGAGAAGUCCAUCAAAUAAUCCUUCACGACCAGUUUGAACACAGACAUCUAGAUCACGACAUUGCUUUGAUCAAAUUGAAAACAGAAGCUGUUUUUAAUGAUUACGUCCAACCAGCCUGCUUAUGGUACGAUAAAGCUCAGGAGAAAUUACCUACAAAUGAAGUUUUAGGAACGAUCGUGGGAUGGGGAUUCGAUAUUAAAGAUUCGUUAUCACAUCAGUUAAAUCAAGCUUCAAUGCCGAUUGUAUCAGAGAACACCUGCAUAAAGAGCAAUCCUCUCUUCUACGCAACUGUCCUCAACGAAAAUAAAUUCUGCGCUGGUUAUAGAAACGGAACAUCUGCGUGUAAUGGUGAUAGUGGGAGCGCUUUCCAAGUAUUUGUACCAGAUGUACCAAAGGAUACAAAUAAAACGAACGGAGCCUGGUUCGUUCGAGGCAUCGUCUCACUCACCGUGUCAAGGACCGACGCGGCGAUAUGUGAUCCAGAAUACUAUGUAGUGUUUACUGACGUGGGAAAAUACAUUCAUUGGAUAAACAAGAACAUGAAAAAAAAUUGACAAGUGGUUAUCUGGAGAUGGCGUAUUCAUUGGCGCGUUGAGAAAUGUUAACCGUACCUACAUCUUCGAUACUCCACCAAACUCAGUGACCAAGAAAUUAUUUGUACCUGUAAUUAUUGCACCAGCUUAUUCGUACUAGUCUUACAGUCUACGUACGAGUCUUAAGCGUACUAGUCACUACGUGUAGCUAUUUAGUGGUAGAAUUUUACUUGCACAAUACCCGACCAAAUAAUUAUUCAACUUUUUUUUUAAAUCAAUAUAUUAUCUUACAAUAGACUUGUCGUUAAUUAAUCACAAUUUAAGCCGCCAUAUUGACUUUUCUGAUUGGCUGUCCAAUUUUAAACGAAAUAUUGUAAAACUAGUCGACGUAAGGUAUAAUAUUGUAACAUUUGUUAACCGCUUUAAAGAUAUGAUGAGCUCAAUUCGUCUGUAUUAUCUCGUAGACGUUUUUAUGUUCGUCAUAUAAUAUGAUUUUGAUUUUUUUUGUAUUGGUUCAGGAUAGUUAUUUUAUUGAUAGACAUUGUCAAGUUUGUAAUGAAGCAUACUAGAGUGUUUAAGUUGGUUCUUAUUUCAGUGUAUAAAAAAAUAUUUUAAUAAAUAUAUAUAUAUGUAGAUAAAAUUUAUCUUGCUUAUUCUGCUUUAUUUCUAUUUCAUAAAUAGAAUAAUAGCGAUAAAAAGGGGAAAUGCUUGCUACCAUUCCAUGCGAUCAAGAUUUAAACAGUAACUAUUGUUUAAUUCAUAUUUUUAUAUUUUUAAGGACUUAAUUUUAAUAUUUUUUAUGUAUAUAAAGAUUUUUUUGUGCAUUAACAGAUUAUCUACUCAAUGGGUACCACUAAAUGAUGAAGGAUCUUACUUAUAAAAAUUAGUAUUGUUUUGUUAAACACUUUCUCUCUUUCUGUCAUCAUGGUUUAGCUAUUCA